GGCGGCCGGAUGCUGCUGUUGGGUAAUGCCGACGCCUCUCGGCAAGACGCGGGUCGCUCCAGGUGUGCGUACGUACCGGCGCGAGCCGUAAAAACCGCCGCCGCCGCACUGUCGCCGAGUCGCGUUUUCCGAAUGCAACAUCCGCGCCGUCGCAUGUAUAAUGGUUACAUCACACGCGCUAGUACUUCGUAUCGCGUAACACCGUCGUCGAUACAUCGCUUGUACGAGUAAUAUUUUAUCGAGUACCUGUAAUAUAUUUGUGCACAAUUCAAAGCAGUCCGUAUAAAAAAUUAUCAUACAUAUUAUAUUGUAUUCGCGGCGCAUACCGUUCGCGCCUGCAGUGCGUGUAACACAUAUUAUAUUAUAAUAACGGAAAUAAUAUUAUUUUUAACAUACACUGCAGCUACGCCGCGACGGUGUUGGUUCGCGGGUCGUUACAGCGCCGUUUUAAAUCGUCGUCGUCGUCGUCGUCCGACCGGAUAUAGAAAGAUUUCAGCGCGCGAUCGCCGUCGCGUCUAUAUGAAGACCUCGGCCAGCCGUCGGCCGAGCCCUCCUCGAGGGACGUCUGCCGCCGGUGGUUCGUUCGACUGUUGCGGCACAGACGCCGCGGCCACGCGAUCGAAAACCGACAGUGUUUAUUAGCGAUUUUUUGCGUUACCCGCAUAUCCGUCUUCGGCUCGGUUUCAGACUGCAAAAUCGUCUCUGUACACGUUUUUCGCGAACGCCGAGAACUAAAAAUCGAUCACAAUUCUGUCAUCGAUACCGUUUAGGCCGGGGUUAAGGCCGAACAUGCUAAACAACAUCAGUAUAAUCGGCCCGAACAAUGUCGGCGGCCAUAAGGACUUCGAUGGUCUCAAGCACCGAUCGCUACACCAGCUACAGACCGGCGGCGGCGGGGGAGGCGUUCACGACGUCGGCGGUGGUCACGGACUCGGCGGCGGCACAGGUAACGGUCAUCUUCAACAAGGCAACGGCCCGUCACCGCCGCAUCAGCUGUCCACCGGCACCGGAAGUGCUGGCGGCGGCGGACCGUUCCGAUUGUCGUGCGGCGGUUUCGACCUGUCGACCGCGGCCGGUCACGGGCUGGCCGCUGCUGCCGCUGUGGCUGCCGCCGGUGGUGGCGGCGCCGGGCUCAACGGCGACGACGCCGGAAAACCGAACAAGCAGAAGAGACAUAGGACCCGGUUCACGCCGGCGCAACUCAACGAGCUGGAGCGGUGCUUCAGCAAGACCCACUAUCCGGACAUUUUCAUGCGCGAGGAGAUCGCCAUGCGAAUCGGUCUCACCGAGUCCCGAGUACAGGUUUGGUUUCAAAACCGAAGAGCAAAAUGGAAAAAACGCAAGAAAUCAACAAAUGUAUUUAGGAGCCCUGGUGCCCUAUUGCCGUCCCAUGGACUACCACCGUUUGGAUCCAUGUCUGACAGUAUGUGUCCCACGUCAAUGUUCAGUUCUCCAGAUACCAGAUGGGGUGUGACGAGCAUGGCCACAGACCAUUUAAAGUUAAAAUAUGAAACAUUCUCAGGACUCAGUCAACUGGCCGGCGGUACAGUUACCAUGAGCGGAUACAACCAUCAGAAUUCGUCACUCAGCUCCGUGCCGAUCACGACGAUGGCUACCAACGCUCAGAACAUGUAUCAAGCGCAUUAUGGUCUCAAUUCGUUAGGCGAUUCAAACAAAUGGCGAUUUUCCAAAGACCAAUUCAAACCCUAUCCAGCUGAUUCUCAGUUGUUUUGAAAAUUACCAAGAUGUGCGUCGUUGUGUUUCAUACCAUAUUUUACAAGCAAGACAGCGGCACAAACAACUCUGUACAAAUGCAUACAAGGCGGAGCCAAUUAACUGAACAAUUUUUUUCUUCCAAAUUAUUAUAAUUAAUAUUAAUUAGUGUUUGGUGAUGAGUUCUUAAGAUUAAGAAUAUUUUUAAACUAUUCAUUAAAAAUAAUUAUUGUAAUCUAUAGCGGCAAUAACGUUCAUUCUAACUAUACCUACUCGUGUACAAAAAUCAAAUGUACAUCCAUCUGUUACGAGUAACUUGAAAUAAAAAUUUUAAUGUAACUAUUGUAAUCAGUGCUCGGAUUAUAUAAGCAAUGAUAUUUCCAACAGUAAUUGACAAUGUAAUAAAUUAAUAACUAGUAAAAAUGUUCAUUAUAAUAAUAUUAUGCAUAAUACAUUGGUUAUACAGUAAUCCCUUGGUUAUCGGUGGAUUCUUAAUCAUCCGCGGUUGAGUCGGCGAUAAAAUUGUAAUAAUGCGAUUCAAAAGAGAAAUCCAAGAAUUUCUGAUGUUAUAUAAAGAAGUUCGCAAAGACGUAGAAAACAAACAUCUAUCAAUAAGUUUUUUCAUCCUUCCUAACCUAACCUAACCAUGUAUGUAUGAUAGAUAAUUAAUAAAUUACAUUUAAUAAAAAAAAUAAUUAACAAAAUAAUUAUAUAAAUAUUAAUCUUAUUAUUGUGAUUUUAAAUUAAAUACAUAAGUAAAUAAAAUCUUACCUCCCUUUUUACAUUUCUUUAUGGUCUCAUUAUUCGUGAAACUUUGCCGGAACGUAACCCCCGCGGAUAACGAAGGAUUACUGUACACACCUACAUUAUAAUACGGAGAUAGGUUACAUAUCUACCUAAUAAAUAAUAACAAAUAUAAUAGGUAAAACUGUACAAUAGGUUACCUACUACAUUUUAAUAUUAAUAUAUCAAUGGUCACAAUACAACAUAUCAAUAUAUACCUAUACAGCCUGAGCAAUGUAUGUUAGAUUUGUCUAUAGUAUCUACAUGACAUAGUCAAAAUGUAUUGAGACCAUUAAUUCUGAGGUUUUUCCAGGCACUAAUACACCACACUAAAUAUUUUCCAAUUACAGUAUAAUAAAGAAUCUAGUUACCUAAAAUACCUUUUACCUACUCUUAAUUUAUAAAACUUAAUUUAAUUAAAAAUAAUACCUUAUGUUUAAUCACGAAACUAUUCAAAUAUCUUCAUAAAUAUAAUCUUAAAUGUGUAGCUGGUGCCCCAUAUAAAUAAAAUUAAGUAGGUAUAGUCACCAAGUAUAUAAAUACUUAUAAAAAAGCUACCUACAUUACACGAAUUAUAAUCAUAAAUUAUACCCCAUUUCAUUUAUUUAUUGAGCGAAUUAAUUAUAUUGAAUUAUAAAAAUAUAUUUAUACAUUUUUUUCUGUAAAGUUUCUAUUUUCUCAUAUGGUUUGAUGAAGAUAAAUCAAUUUACAAAAGGCAAUAUUUUGUGAUUAAACAUUUAGAAGUCUUAUAAAACAAUAACUCAAUAAAAAUCUACAUAUCUUAACUUAUUUAAUGUACUAUUUAUGUAUUAUUAUAUUUUAUAUAAUAUUAUAAAGUAAUAAGUAUCAUUUAUUUGAUAUAAUAUUUUACUGACUGGGCACUGGUUACUAGCUCUAUAUAGAUACCUACCUAAUGCUAUUUAAUCUAUCAAAUAACCCGGUGGCGUAUUCAGAGGGUUUCCUGGGGGCUAAAAACUGUUAGGUUCCCUACUGUUCCCUUUAAGACCAAAAAAAAGACAUCGACAUUUGUAAUAUUAAAUUUGAAUAACCCUAUUUACAAACUUAAAAGUCUGCAGACAACUGACGAAAGUAAAUCAUUGAAUCUGAUUAAAGACUUAAAAUAGGAGAAGUAGAAUUCAACGAACUAAUAUUUUAAGAAAAAUUGAGAUAUCAAAUAUUGUAAGGUCAACUCCGAUCGAAAAAAAAUUCUUAAAAUAUGUUACAUAAAUAUGCAUAGUGUAUAAUAUUAAAUACAAAACAAAAAUUGAUUGGUCCAUCAUAACCAUUGAUAUGGUUAACAUUAACAUCACUGUAUUUAAAUUUGGUACUUAUACCAGGAACGUAUGAAACUGCAUACACAUUUGAAUUUACAAAGUAUACGUUUGUAUAGCCGUAUAAUUAAUUAUUAUUUAUUAGCGAUAUUAUAGUCGAUGUUCUAAAAUAUAAUAUCUGUAUUUGUGUUGUAAAUUUUUUAUAUUAGAUACUAGGUCUAGUAUUAUAAUAUUUUAUCUAAAGUACAUAACUUUAAAUUGUAAAUGUGUAAAAUUGGUCGUUUUAAUUAAAUCUAUUGGAUUUUUGAAAAAAAACACCUCUAUACUUAAACGAUUAUUAUUCGUUCAAUUCUUGAGGUAUCUCUUUUACCUUAAAUUGUAUUAGACAAAAACUACCUUUCCGAUAUAAUAAAUGUGAUUUUUACUUAAAAAAUGUAAAACAUUUUAAAAUAAUAAUAUUACGUAAUACGCGUAGGUCUUGUAUUUAUUUUUAUAAUUUAAAAUAAUACACAUUAUAGUUUUACUUUCAACCUUUUGGCAGGUGUUUCAGUUUUAAAAACGUGUUAUAUGUUUAGUGUUUCAAAGUAUACAAUAUACAUAUUUGUUUAAAUUUUUUAACUUUUGUGAGGUAAAAUUAUACAACUAUACCAUUUAUAUAUCUUGGUAGGUAAGUAAAUAGUAGAUUCCUAUCAUGUAACUGCAUAAAUAUAAAUACCUAUAAAUUCUAAAAAUACUGUAUUUUAACAUAUUGUCAAAUAUAUUACAUAUAGAUAGUAUACAAUACAAUAGAGUGAAUUUUUUUUUAUUUUGAAAACAUGCAUUAAAAUAUUCAAAAUUAUAAUUUAUAAAAAUAAUAACUUGCUGCAACAUUAUUAAGUAAAUUUUAAUUUUAGUUGUUAAUACAAAACGUUAUUCAAAUAUCAAUAUGCAACUCCCCGCCCAUUACAUUGAUGUAUGAUUUAAAGUUUAAUAUGCUUAUACAAAAAAAUGUAAUCUAUAAAAAUUAAUUUCCAGGGAAAAAAUUGACCGUCUAGUCAAGCCCCCUCCCCUCCCACCACCAAUAAACCAUUAAAACUUUAACCCCAGAUAUAUUUCCAACAUUUUUGUUUGUUUAUACUAAUUCAUUUAUAAAAAAAACGUAGUAGUGUUUACAAGACUUAAAUAGGUCCUACCUACAAUACUGUAGAUGUUUAUAGUUAAUCGCUAGGUAGGUACUUAUUUAUACAGUUACAAAAAUUUAAUUAAAAUUUAGUUUAAUUUACAUUAAAAACUUAUAUACCUAAUUGAUUAUUUUAUGUCAAUCACGUCAUCCCUUUUUCAUUCAUUAUUCACCCUUGGUAAUAAUUUAAGUAAAUAUAUCUAUAGUUGAUUAUAAUUUUAGGAUAACGCAAGUUGGGUCCUGAGAUAUUUAAUCGCUUAUAUUAAACACAAGUUGGAUUAGCGAUGUUAUUUGAUUAUACACGAAUUAGGCCUGCAAUAAUAUUUUAAUAUUGUUAAUUAUAAUUUACCGAUAUACCCAGAAAAGUCAAAAGAUGCUUUGAUUUACCAAUGGAGAAUUUAUCCAAUUAAGUUUUAUGAAAGAUGUGUCUUAUAACUGUAUUUCCUAGUAUAAGCUUUAUUACAAAAUAUAAAUAAAACAAACAAGUUAAUUAACGUAAAAUAUAUUAAUGUAAAUUUUUUUUAAAAAAAAAUUGGAGACUUCUUAGCCAACUUUUGAUGGACGCUUGGUAUUUUUGAUUAUAGCGUUGGUUGGCUAAAAUGCUAAAUUAACCCCAUUUACCUAAAAUAAAUAUGUCGGGAUGCUGGGACCCAACUCAUGUACUCAAUAAAAUGCGCCUAGAUCCAAUUCAUGCCGUUUUUUAAACUUAGGAUCCAACUUGAAAUUAUCCAUAGACCACAACCUAACCUUGGAUAUAAAUUUGGAAAGUACAAAAUUAUUAAAAUUAUUACCUUUUGUUUACAAUUUGGUAUCUACUACUUACGCCUACCAAUCGAUCAUUUAUCUAAGCAAGAUAUUUAAUUUAACACUCGGGUGUUAAAUUAUUCUCUCUGACACGACUGUGUACGUAUAGUACAGAAUCAACCCACCUUACGGCUAAAACAUUCCAAAUAAAAUAGAUAAAAUUAUCUCAAUAUUCAAUCCUUCUAAUAUUUAAUUACAUUAUUAUUUAUUAUUAAUGACCAAAUAAUAUCGAUUUUUGUUUUUUAUUAUAAUCUCUAUAUAAGUAGGUAUGCUGUUAUAAACGUGUUACGUACAAUUUAUUUUAUUUAAUACUUAAAUUGAGUAUUUUAUUCUGUAUAUCAGAUAUCUACUAUUAAUAUGCAUACUUAGAUACCUACUAAACAUUAUUGUAGGUAAGGUAAUGUAUUUUUAUAACAUAAUACCUCUCACCUCUCAUGUUUACACUUACCCGAGUGUACCUAUCUGUAGGUAUCUACAUUCUACAUAUUAUUAUACCAUACGUCCAUACGCAUUAAUAUGUUAUUAAAAUAUUAUAAUACUACACUUUGUAGAUAUUGUUCAAUUCGUCAUAGUAUACGAUUUAAUUUAUACAAUAAUAAUUUUAAAAUAAUGUUCUUCAUAAAUCGUUGCGCUACCUAUUUUAUAUUAUUUUAUUUUAUUUUAUUUAAUAAUAAAAAAUAAUAUUAUUUUAUAAUUGUAUUAAUAAUAAAUAUAAUCAUACUCAUUUUAUACCUACUUACCUUAUAUUUUAUUUCAUAUGCAUUUAUUUUAUAUUACACAUUUACACAGUUAUAAAAAUAUUUACAAAAAAAUAAUAAUUUAUUUUUUUAUAGAGCUAUCAACCAACCAUAGUAAUUACACUAGGUUUAUAGUAAUAGUAUAGUAUAGUACCUAGGUAGAUAAUUGUAUAUUUUUAUCUACCAACAGUGCUACCAUAGUAAUUUAAGCUCCAGUUCAUUAAUAGUUAUUAAAUAUAGAUAAAAUGAUUAUAAUUACCCAAUAAUAAAUAUACAUGUACAUUUUGUGAAAUAUUUGAUAUAUUUAAGUUAAUUUAAUUUAAUUUAGGAAAUUUUACUGGGUACAGUUCUAAUAACCAGAACAUGAUCCUGGAUUUUGUAUAUUGUAAAUUAUAUAAAAACCAAAGAAAAAUAAAUUUUUGUGUACCUAUCUUGAAA